AUGGCAGAUUUCAACCCCGGUUAUUUGACCCUGGUGAUGUACUUGAGUGACAUUGGGGAGAUCAACUCCACCGUGUUUCACAGCGACAACCUGACCUCUGUAACCAGGCUCAGGAUCGACAGCGCCGGUGUUACGGGGAUCGCCGAAGGGGCCCUCGGUUCUUUCCAGAACCUUACAAGUAUCAGUCUGAAGAAGAAUGCGCUGACGCAGAUGAACUCAAACUGGUUCGGCCGUCCUUUUGUCCUCAGUGAGCUCAGCCUCACAGAAAACCAGAUUGAAGUUGUGAGUGAGUCCAUGCUCAACGGGUUUCUUGGCCUCACAAAGCUCAGUCUGAACAAGAACAGAAUCAGAACCAUCGGUCCAAACAGUUUUCGCUCACAGACCAACUUGUCCGAGUUGGACUUGUCUGAGAACAGGAUGACUCGGGUCUCACCGCAGGUCUUCAGGUCUCUCAGGUCCACCAGGAUCAGGCUGGAUGGGAACCCCUGGGACUGUUCCUGCGGAGCUGAAGACUUUGCUGCCUUCCUCAAAGAUCUACAGAGCAGAUCUCUGCUAGACAGACAGAUGGAGGUGACCUGUGAGAGCCCUCCUUCGCUGAGGGGUCGACGCGUGUGGGACGUGUCGGUGUGCGCGGCGUCCCCUGCACCAGGAUCACCGUCAGUCCAUCCCACACCCGCUGAUGCACUCACAACAAUCCCCGCGUCCUCUGCAAAAGCUGUGACGCGAACCGAACCCGCUGACGCAGCCGUCACGAUCACUUCACACCCCGCGACACCUCCAGCCCGACCAACGUCCGCUGAUAACCUCCUCGAGACGGUCCCUGCACAGAGCGCAACAUCUGUGAUUUCCCCACCAUCAGAGACAGAAACGUUCACCCCUCCACAUACUGGUCUGACUGACACUUGCGAAACCUCAGAACCACCAUCGGAUACAACUACUGUCUGCACACUCGUUGUUGUGAUACUGGUCCUCUGCGUGCUGCUGUCUGUGGUGUGUUUCCUGGCGGCGCAGCACAGGAGGAAACGCAACAACAAAACAGUGAUGCCUGGACGUCCGAAAGAAGAGACAAACAAGCUGGAAGAAGACAGCAGGUCGAAUCAUGAUCAGGCUCCAGGACACUCUGAGAACUGGCACCCAGAGGUGUCUCAGGAGAGGCCUUUUACUGGAGUCAGAGCUAAGUCGGCCAACGCCGUUCUCUCCAUGUCUCCUUUUUGUGUGUCUGGGAAAGAUCGAGUGGCUCUGCAAAAUGAGACAGAGGCUCAGUCAAAAGACGCAGAAAACCGAGCGGACGGAGAGCAGACAGUGGAAAAUGAAGUGGAAGCAACAGGAGGAAUUCAGAAAGACGAGAUCACAAACACCACUGACACAACUGAGAAAAAUGAGAAACGAUCUGAUGCCGGCAGGAAUCUAGAUGGAAACCCCCAGUGUGUUUCUGCCAAAACUGACACUGUUCCAUACCUGAGCAUCGGCACCAACCAGAACAAACCAAACCCUGAGUCCACAGACGGUGUGGGCCACAGAUCGCAGUUGGGAACGGUUAUGGGGAGGGUCUCCACCUGGCCUCUGACUGCAGCUCAGUGGCAGGCAAGAUGUAAAAUGAAGGAGGAGGAGGAGGAGGAAAAUGAAGUGAACAAGACAGGAAACAAAGUGGAGCAUCCCUCUACUUCUGACCGGGACAAAAAGGAAGAUGAAAAACUGAAUUACAAGACCCCAUCUGUCCGUGAUGCUCAUGCCCACACUGGCACAAAGCAAAAGGAUCCAGCCUCAGUGAGACUGACAAUCAGUAAAACCCUAGGUCCGAACCAGGAAAAGCUCAGACCUGCAGAAAAUCCAGCGCACGAGACCCCCAGUACGAGCAGCCGCAAGGCCGAACAGAGAAAAGAACCAAAGCGAGCAGGGACGAGCAGACAGUUGGCCGGAGACAGAAGCGCUGGCUCAAAGGCUCCCUCCGGCGGCGCCUCGCCCGACGACGAAACGCUUCUGUACGGCAACGAGUACGCCUUCAUGGACCUGCUGCACGAAGUCGUGCAGAACAACGGCCGCUGGACCCGAGAGAGGUGGAGGCAGAUACAUGUCAACAAGCAGCGGCGUUAGGGCAGAGGAACCGAAGGAGUUCAAAGUUUUGUACAAAUAAUAUGACAGAAAGUUUGGCAGUUUUACUCCGGCACUCUUUAAGUUAAAAAAAAUGAUCCUUUCCCCAAAUGUCGAACUACUCCUUUAGCUGUGAGUAAAUAUUAGCACCCCGAUGAAAUGAAAACUGACCGACAGCUGUUAAAUAAGUUAAAUUACACAUUAACUGCAUGCGAUUAUUCCUCACACUGUCAAGA